AUGAGCACAGUGCCCCCUGGAGUUGUGCAAGGCAUCAGUCCUGUUGAGGCCAUGCUUGCUGUCGGGCUUCUUCAUGAAGAUGAAGGCAGAGGGGUAGGAGUCAUUACCUUCUUCCGUCUAUCUCAGUUGUCCAGGCACCACGAGGGUGGAGAUUGUAAAGGCACCAGACUCUGGCGCAGCUCCCAGAAGGCUGUCCCUAGAGACAACCUGUGUCGAUCCUUAGCACAACACAGGAAACAGGUGGUGGACAAGACAGGGAGUCCUUGGAAGAGUCUGGAGACCUAUUCCUACAACAAAUACCACCCCAUGGAGGAGAUCUAUCAGUGGAUGAGCCAGAUCAGUGAGAAGCAUGCAGAAGUGGUGACGCAGCAUUUCCUGGGAAUGACCUAUGAGAUGCGGCCCAUGUAUUACCUGAAGAUCAGCCAACCAUCCAAUAACCCCAAGAAGAUCAUCUGGAUGGACUGUGGAAUUCAUGCCAGGGAAUGGAUUGCGCCUGCCUUUUGCCAGUGGUUUGUGAAAGAGAUUCUACAAAACUAUACAGAUAACCCAAGAAUAAGCAGGUACCUGAGGAACCUGGACUUCUAUGUGCUUCCAGUUCUUAACAUAGAUGGCUACAUCUACACCUGGACGACCGAUCGUCUUUGGAGGAAAUCCCGUUCAUCUUAUAAUAAUGGCACAUGUUUUGGAUCAGAUCUCAAUCGAAAUUUCAAUGUGUCCUGGUGUAGUAAGUACUGUGCUUCCCAAAACUGCGAAGAUUUAACAUUCUGUGGGACAGGACCUGUGUCUGAACCAGAGACUAAAGCUGUGUCCAGUUUUGUAGAGAGCAAGAAGGAAGACAUUUUGUGCUUCUUGACCAUACACUCUUAUGGGCAGUUCAUCCUCACCCCGUAUGGUUACACCAAAAAUAAACCAAGUAACCAUGAAGAACUGAUUCAAGUUGGACAGAAGGCAGCAAACGCAUUGAAAGCAAAGCAUGGAACCAAUUAUAGAGUUGGAUCGAGUGCAGAUAUUUUAUAUGCCACAUCAGGGUCUUCAAGAGACUGGGCUCGAGACAUUGGGAUCCCCUUCUCAUACACAUUUGAGCUGAGGGACAAUGGUACCUAUGGGUUUAUUCUGCCAGAAGUUCAGGUCCAGCCCACCUGUGAGGAGGCCAUGGAGGCUGUGCUCUCGAUCCUGGAUGAUAUAUAUGCAAAAUACUGGCUUUCCAACACUGCUGGAAAGGUGACAUCUACCACUGUGCUGCUGAGCCUGCUGUGGCUUUUCACAUCUCUUCUCUAAGUGCAUCCUACUGAGAUCUGCUCAGCACCAGUAAUGUGGAUGUGGUUGGAGGGAAGGUGUGUGCAUAGUUGUAGAGAAACCAAAUCAUGGAACUAUGAACACUUCAUUUCAAUAAAGAAAAAACAUGUUUGCA